UCUUCACCGUCCAUUUCAUACUGAAGGUCUAAACACCAAUCAGCACCGUCCAUAGUUCAUAUGAUUCUUUCUUACUUGGCCGCAACUUCCAACCACAUCACACUCUUUCUAUUCCCUUCAUAUAUUCCCAUAAUCCCAUCUCAAAAGUUCUUGGAGACAACAAAAACAUAAAAACAUAAACGCCAAUCGCAAUCUUCGCGUUUUUCUAUGGGGAAGAAAGGUUUUAAGCGGUCUGUUCUUGCGGUGGCGGUUGCAUUCUUAGCCGUGGUUCAGGUCUCUGUGUCGGUUCCGUUCAUAUUGCUCCAUGGAAUUGCAGCUGAAUGUUCUGAUGGUAAAGAAGCUAACUUCACACAGCUUCUCAGUAACCUCUCUGGCUCUCCUGGCUUUUGCCUAGAAGUUGGAAAUGGAGAGCGCGAUUCAUGGUUCAUGCCACUUACGAAACAAGCGGAAAUAGCGUGUGAGAAGGUGAAGCAAAUGAAAGAGUUGCGUCAAGGAUACAACAUUGUUGGAAGAUCUCAGGGGAAUCUAGUGGCUCGAGGGUUGAUCGAGUUCUGCGAUGGUGGACCUCCGGUUUACAACUAUAUAUCUUUAGCAGGUCCUCAUGCUGGAAUCUCCUCUGUUCCUAUGUGUGGUUCUGGUUUAUUGUGUGAAAUAGCAGAUGAGCUGAUCAAGGCAGAUAUCUACAGCGACUUCAUUCAAGAACAUCUUGCUCCUAGUGGUUAUCUCAAAAUCCCAACAGAAUUGACGAAGUACCUGGAAAGGUCUAAGUAUCUACCUAAGCUCAACAACGAGAUACCAGACCAAAGAAACUCCACUUACAAAGACCGCUUCACCAGCUUACACAACUUGGUUCUUGUCAAGUUUCAGGACGAUAAGGUUAUCGUUCCAAAAGAUUCAUCUUGGUUCGGGUUUUACCCGGACGGUGAAUUCGAACCUCUUCUCUCUGCUCAACAGACCAAGCUUUACACAGAGGAUUGGAUCGGUCUGAAAACACUGGACGCUGCUGGAAAAGUGAGGUUUGUGAGUGUAGCUGGCGAACACAUCAAAAUGGCGAAUCUCGAUGUUGUCAAAUACAUCGUGCCGUAUCUCCAAAACCAACCGUCUUCAACACAAAGUCUCAACCGCAAAACAAAGGAGCCCUUGCCUCCUUAAAAAGAGCAAACACCUCAUUUGUUACAUGCUUAUUUAUGCAACAGUGAACAAAGCUUAGUGAUGAUUGCGUAGAACAAGAAUCCUUAUUCAUAUAAAUAUAU